AUGCGCAUCCAAAUCCUGACGUGCGUAUUGCCGCUGGCUGCUGCCGGUGUUGUACAACGAAAGUCUGAUGAUGUAGUCGACUACAUUGUUGUUGGUGGCGGUACAAGUGGUCUGGUUGUUGCGAAACGCUUAUCAGAAGAUCCGACCGUGUCCGUCCUUGUGAUCGAGGCCGGAGACUCUGUCUACGAUAACGAAAAUGUGACGGACGUAAACGGCUAUGGGUUGGCAUUUGGCACUGACAUCGACUAUGCCUUUGAAUCGGUGAACCAGACAUAUGCCGAUGGAAAGGCCCAAACCCUCCGCGCUGGCAAGGCGCUUGGUGGAACCAGCACUAUCAAUGGUAUGGCUUACACACGAACCGAGUCGGCCCAGGUAGAUGCGUGGGAGUUGGUCGGUAACAAAGGCUGGAACUGGAACAAUCUGUUUCCCUACUACCUCAAGAGCGAGCACUUCCAAACCCCCAGCCAGGCCCGAGAGGCUGCCGGACAUCUAAGCUACGAAGCACAGGACCAUGGCUACGAUGGCCCUCUCCUGACGGGAUGGCCCUACAGCGUGACCAACACCUCUCUUGUCAAUGAUGUUGCCUCCACCUACGAUGCAAUGGGUCUUUCGCUCAACUCCGACCUGAACGGUGGUAGUAUGGUUGGGUUCAGCGUUUUCCCUUACCACAUUGACCAAGAACUCAACGUCCGAGAAGAUGCGGCGAGGGCAUAUUACUACCCAUACCAGAACGCCACCAAUCUAAAGGUCCUUCUCAACACCCGGGCAAACAAGCUCGUCUGGGCAUCAAACAGCUCCAACGGUGCCACUGCCGAGGGAGUAUCGAUCGCUAGCUCAAACGGAGAGACAAAAACUAUCAAGGCCACCAAGGAGGUCAUCAUCUCAGCCGGUGCUUUGAGUUCCCCGAGACUUCUUGAGCUUUCUGGCAUUGGAAACCCCGCGAUCUUGAGCCAGUAUGGAAUCGACGUGGUUGUUGAUCUCCCGACAGUGGGCGAGAACCUGCAAGACCAGAGCAACAACGGCAUCGACUUUGGCCUCGCAAACAACUACACCUUGGCAGACAAGACCGCCUUGGUGGCGUACCCCUCAGUCAGCCACCUCUUUGGCAACCAGACGGCAAGCUUUGCCCAGCAGGUCAAGGCUAACCUUUCUUCUUACGCCGCACGCGUGGCUUCGGCGAAUGGCAACGUUACGCGGCCGACCGACCUCCUGGAGUUCUAUGAGCUGCAAUACGACCUCAUUUUCAAGUCACAGGUACCUUUUGCCGAAGUCCUCAUCAACUUCGCUUCCACCGAGUGGGCAUCCGAGUUCUGGUCGCUUCUACCAUUCUCACGCGGUAGCGUUCACAUUCGCAGCAGCGAUCCAGGUGUGGCCGCCGCCAUUGACCCCAAGUACUUUAUGCUCGAGUUCGAUGGCCGAGCUCAAGCUGAAGUGGCGCGCUACGUCCGAAAGCUCUACUCAACCGAGCCAUUUGCCUCUUACAACUCUGGAGAAGUAUCGCCGGGUAUUGAGACUGUAUCCGCGUCGGCCGACGACGAGGCCUGGGUGUCCUGGAUCAAGGAGACCUAUCGCUCCAACUUCCACUCCGUCGGUACCGCGGCCAUGAUGCCCAGAGAAAAGGGUGGUGUUGUGGACACUGAGCUCAGGGUCUACGGAACCAGUAAUGUUCGUGUUGUUGAUGCGUCUGUCGUGCCUUUUCAGGUAUGUGGCCACUCUGUGUCGACGCUCUACGCCGUUGCAGAGCGGGCUUCGGAUUUCAUCCGAGGAAAGCAGUAA